UGUAGUUUUCUUUAUUAUGCUGUAUUGAUUCAUAGUUGGAAAUGUUUUCAUACAAUUAGUAGAGAAACUUUGCCUCUUUCUUUGAUAUGUGAGAGUUUAAGUAAUAUUGGGAUCAUCUGCACUGUAAAGAUUAGGUGUAUCAGCUAGGAACCCAUUGGCCCUGGUGACUCCUUUCUUUUUGACCUCUUUUCAUAGAAAUUCUCAUACAGACACAAGAGUAGAGAGAAUAAUAUAAUAUAUGCCUACCAUCCAUCUUCAGUAAUUAUGAACUCAUGGUCAGUCUUCUUCAUGUAUUCCUCCUCCACUUCUUUGUUUGCUAGAGAAUUUCAUAGCAUAUCCAAGGUAUCCUCUUACUUGGAACCACUGCUUCUAUAUCUUGUGUUUCGUAAAAUUAACCUUUGUGAGAACUUGCCAGUGGACAAAACCAUGAGCUGGUUUUGUUUUGCGUCUUCUCUUUCAUAUCCGCUCUGUUCCAGCUUUGCCAAAAAACGUGUUCCUCCCGCCCAUUCUGUAUCCUUCUCUGGAGCACUUCUGUACAAUGUAAAAGUUUCCAGGGUGUUAAACAAAGAGUCAGGUGGAAUACUGGGGUCUCAUGUUAGGGAGAGUCCUCAUGACAAAGGAGGCUGAAAUGUGAUCCUAGGUGCAUUUCCUCGUAUAAUGGAAUUUGCUCUUCAGUCCACAGGUCUAGUCUACGGGAACAAGACAUUUUAACUGAUAGAAGAAGGAGGAAGUCCCAGGCUUGAGAAAUCACUUUCUGAUAACAGCCUGACCUGAGAUAUCUGUCCACAUCCUCUGGGUAGAAGGCAGAGCACACCCUGGAUUUCCUAGCCUUAAGAACAGAAGAAAAUGACCAAGGCCCUGGGAUCAUUGUCAUUUGAGGAUGUGGCUGUGGGCUUCACCUGGGAGGAGUGGCAGUUACUGGAGCCGGCUCAGAAGGACCUGUACAAGGAUGUGAUGCUGGAGAACUACAACAACCUGGUAUCAGUAGGGUAUCAAGCUAUCAAACCAGAUUCAUUUUUCAAGUUGGAGCAAGGGGAGCCACCAUGGAUGGUAGAUGGUGCAAUCCAUAGUCAGACCUGUACAGAAGAAAUAUGGGAGAUGGACCAUAUGCAAUGGCACCCAGAAAACCAAAACAAGCUUAAAAGUUUGGAAAGAUGUCAGCAGAAUUACACACUUGGGAAUAAUUUCAAUUUAAGCAAAAAUCUUGUUCCCUUACCACAAAGCCAGAAUGAACUUGCCUCACAUUGUAAAAGUUUGAAAUCUCCUUUAGGUUUUGUUAACCAAAAAAGAAGAUAUGCAGGAAAGGAUUCUGAUGAGAUUGGUGAAUAUGAGAAAUCAUCUCACCACAUCAAGCAUGAUAAAACUCUUAUUGGAAUUAAAUACCAUGGAUGUGUUAAAUCCAGAAACACUAAGUCACAGCUCAGGGACCAUCAAAAAACAUAUGCAGAGAAGAAAUUACAUCAAUGCAGUGAAUGUGGGAAAGCCUUCACCAGGAAGACAUACCUCAUUAGACAUCAGAGAACUGAAAGAGAGAAACCACACUCAUGCAAUGAAUGUGGAAAAACAUUCAUGAGAAAGAUUCAGCUCACUGCACAUCAGAGAACUCAUACAGGAGAGAAACCCCAUGAAUGUAAUGAAUGUGGGAAAGCUUUUUUCAGAAAGUCACACCUUAUGGUGCAUCAGAGAACGCAUACAGGAGAGAAACCUUAUGAAUGCAAUGAAUGUGGGAAAGCCUUCAGCCUGAAGUACCGGCUGCAUAGCCAUCAGCGAUCUCAUACUGGAGAGAAACUCUAUGGAUGCAGUGAAUGUGGGAAAGCCUUUUCCCAGAAGGCAUAUGUCAUUGCACAUCAGAGACUUCACACAGGAGAGAAGCCUUAUGAAUGCAGUGAGUGUAGAAGGACCUUCUUUUUUAAGGCAGAUCUGAUCAACCAUCACCGAAUUCAUACAGGAGAGAAACCUUAUGAGUGUAGUGAGUGCAAAAAAACCUUCAGAAGCAAGUCAAAGCUCAUUCAGCAUCGACGAAUUCAUACCGGAGAGAGACCACAUUCAUGUAGUGAGUGUGGUAAAGCCUUUGCCCGCAAGUCAGUCCUUACUAUGCAUGAGAACAUUCAUAAAAGAAAGAAAGCUAUGAAUUCACUGAAGGUGGGAAAACCUUCCUCAGGGAGUCAUAGCUCUUCAUACAUGAGUGAACUCAUACAGGAGCAAAACACUCUGAACACAGUGCCUGUGCAAAUGCCUUCUUCAGAAACUCAGACUUUAUUAAACAUCAGUGAGCUCUUAGGGAAUAGAAAUAUAGUGAUUAUGGGACAGCCUUUUCUAAGAAGUCAAACCUCAGUAGGCAAUCAGGAAUUUGCACAGGGAAUACUCCUUGCAAAUGUGGUGAACGCGACGCCACCUUCAGUAAUAAAUUGUGUCCUAUAUGUUACAGAUAUUGUGUAGGAACAACAACAAAAAUUAAACCCUGAUACCAGGAAUUAGGAAGAACCAUUAGCAAGAAUCCCUUGCACGUUGUGUCAGAGAUCACAUUUGGGACAGAAUCACUAUGGAUUCAGAGGCUGAGGAGAACACUUCUGUGGGAAGUUAGACUUAGUAAAUAUCAGUGAGAUCAUGUUAGGUAGUAAUGUAGCUAUCGUAGGGAAGCCAGUGCCUGUAGGUAAGAGCUCAAUUGUUAUUAAAGAAUUCUCACAGGACCAGAAUCUUAGGGAAAAGGGUGAUAGUGAUUUCAGUGAUCAGUUUACUCCAUUACAUUUCAGAGAGACAGAAAGAAAGCUCUACAGGCACUUAAUUUGGAAACAUUUUUGGUAAAAUGUAUAAAAAACUCUUGGAAAAGAGAAACCCCUGAAAGCAAUAAAUGGAAAUUCUCUCACCAAUCUAACUUAUAUGUUACCUUUUUAUAUCUUGGGGACAUGGAAAAGGCUUCUCCAAUAAAUGAAAUCUUCUGGAUACAACGAAUUUCAUUAUAUAGCAGAAAUCUAUGAAUAUAAUGAACGUGGACACACAACUGUAUUAGUUUUUUGUUGUUGCUGUAAUAAGUCACCCUAAAUUUCUUGGCUUUAAACAACCCAAAUUUACUAUCUUAACAUUCUGGGGACCCUAAGUCUGAAAUUUGUCUCACUGGCUAACAUCAAGAUGUUGGCAGAACUUCAUUUCUUUUUUGGAGGGUCCAGGGGAAAAUUGAUUUCUUUGCCAUCUCCAGCUUCUAGAGGCUGCCUGCAUUUCUUGACUCAUGGCCCCUUUCUAUUUUCAAAGCCAGCAAUGACCAGUCAAGUCUUCAUCUCUCUGACAUUGACUCUUCUGCCUCCCUUUUCCACAUUUAUGGAUCCUUGUGAUUACAUUGGGCCCGUUUAGAUAAUCCAAGGUAAUCUUUGUAAUUUAAGAAUUGCUGAUUAGCAUCCUUAACUCCAACUUAUCUCUUCAUUCACAGGUUCUGGGGAUUAGGGUGUAGACAUCAUUGGGAGGCCAUUAUUCUGCCUAGUACAGUCCACCCUUGGCCCAAUUAUUCAUGUCUGUCUCACAAGCAAAAUGUGUUUACCCCAUCCCACUAUCCCCAAAGGUCCCAACCCAUUACAAUGUCAACUUGAAGUCCAAAAUCUCAGCUAAAUCUUAGCUCAAAAGUUCCAUAUCUCAUUAUCUAAAUCAGAUAUGGAUGAAGAUCUUGGUACAGUCCAUUGAGAGGUACGAUUCCUCUCCAUGUAUAAAUCUAUGAAAAUCAAAAAAAUUAUAUGAUCCCAAAAUGCUUAAUUCCGUGUGUUGUCUUAGUUUCCCUGUGUAAUGUAAUGUAUUUACUGGGUCUUAGCAUUAGGAUGUGAACAUCUUUGGAACUAUUCUGCCUGCCAUAAGAAGUUUAUUAAAUUUCAGAGUAUUCACAUUGUGAUAAAUCCCUACAUGGCCAUUAAAUUAACCUGGAAAAGUAGGUUUGUGGAGAAGUAAUGUCUAUGGUAAUUAAUGAUCCAAAUAUAUUAACUUUUUUGUUAUCAGAAACUUACAUUGUGUUAAGUGUGAACUCAGUGGAAUGCUUUUGAAAUAUAUAAAUCAAAUUAGCAGUGGAAAAGAACGUUUUUAUAUGUCCUGAUUGUAUUAUGCUGCAAAACAUAAUACUGUACCUAUUCUGGAAUUGAACAGAUUAACGUAUCUCAUUCUGAGUAUUGGAUACAUAUGUUAUAAGGCACCUAGAUGUUGACCAAUAUUCUCUCAGACAAUUCCAGCACCCCCCUUUUAUUUAACAGUAAACAUGUUGAGUCUAUACCUACCCACCAUAAAUAAUUUAAAAGUAGAAAAUGUAUGUGAAUGAACUUUUUCAGGCAUUCUAUAGAUAAUAGGAAGCUUAGUUCAAUCCCUCAGAGAAAGGAUACAAAUGAAGUGAGCCUUAUAGUUGCCCCCUAGCUUACUGCCUAGAGAGGGUUUCUGGGCUGCAGCAUGGGGAGAAGCAACCAAAGAGAUCUCCCUGAGUUGAGACAUGGUCUAGGAAAUCCAUGGUGUAUCAAAUACAUGUGGCAGAGUACUAUAGAAGAAAGAGCUGUACCCAGAGAUCAAGAGAGAAAGUUUCAGAAAUCUGCUAUGAGAGUUCUCCCAUAAAUGUUUAAGUUGCAAUCACCACAUGUAUGUGAGGAAACUACCUAAGCUGGGGAACGGACCCCUGGAAAUGAAUGGGCAGAAUAAUCCUUGGAACUCACACAGGGCUGGGUUUAAGUCAUGUUCCCACCAACACCACUUAAAUUUGGGGAAUCUAAGUGAAUCCUCCUAAGAGUAUUGCCUUAGUGGGUGGGUCAGAAUAGUUCUAAAGACUUCUCUGAGCCCACAUAACAAAGCUUAAAUUGGAAGCCUCUAUAAAGAGUCAAACUGUUUCCAAGUACUUUAACUGUUUUCCCAAACCCAAUGACAUUUAAAGGAGUAAAAAGAAAUCCAGCAACCAAUAAUGUAAAAAUCACAAUGUCUGGUAUCUAAUCAAAAUUUACUGAGACAUGCAAAGGAGCAGGAAGCUGUGUCCCAUAAAAUGAAGCAAAAUCAAUAGAGGCAGUGAAAUGGCAUAGGUGAUAGAAUUGGCAGAGAAGGAUGCCAAAUAGCUUUUGUAAAUAUUCCAAAUGCAUAAGAAGGAAGAGAAAAAUAUUAAGUUGAUAAAGAGGAAUGGAAAAAAUAAAAAGGCCUAUCUUAUAAAGAUGGAAAAUUCACUGGAUGGAAAUAAUAGAUUACACACUGCAGAAGAAAAGAUUAGUGAAGAACUUGAAGGCAAUUACAGAAACUAUCCAAAAUGCAACUGAAUAAAGUAGAUGGAAAAUAUAAAUAGUGGGUCAGGGGCACCAUCAAUCACCUAAAAUUUGUGAAAUUAUAUUCCCAGAUGGAGAGUAGAUAGUGGGAUAGUAAAGAAAAGCAAAACAUUUAAAAACAGUUGCUGAAAGUCUUCCAAGUAUGAAAACCAUAACCUACAGAUACACAGAUGCAUGAAACUCAAACCCCAGGCAGAAUAAAAGGAAAACCAUGCCAAGGCACAUCGUAAUCUAACUGCUGAAAAACAGGGAAAAUAUUAAAAGCAGCAAUAGAAAAAAAUGCACAUUUACAGAACAAAGAUAAUGACAGAAUUAUCAGAAACAGUGUAAGCCAGAAAGCAGUUUGGAGUGGCAUCUUUAAAUAAUGGAGAGCAAAAAGCUGCAGAAAUACCUGGUUUAUAAUCUUGGUGAAUGCACUGUGGUGAAAAGAAAUGUCUGACAUAUCUUUUAAAACAAUUUUAAGUCCAUAAACUAGUUUCACUGAAGUUUUGACAAUUUAUGGGUGAUAUUUAAAGGUCUUGGGCUACGUACGCACUCAACAAGCUUUGAUUAUCAGUAUCAUCAUACAGCAUAGGGCAAUCAGAAAACUCGAAUAUAAGCUUCUACAUGUAGACACUGGGUUUUAAAAACUUGGAUGUUAGAAUGUAAAAUUCAUGAGGGCACAGAUCUUACUUGUUUUUGUCUCCACCAUAUAUACUUCCUCUAAAACAGUGCCUAGCAUAGAGUAAAGGUACUCACUGCCUACUGUCGGGUGACCUGAAUAAGCCUAACCUAAUAAUCAAGUUUAGAUUUACAAUAUCUGGCUCUAUUUAGCAUAAUGGGCGAAUUUAAGACUGUUUUUACAGGAAAGUUGAAAAACAGAACUGUUGUUUAGUACAGUAACAAUUGAUAUCUUGUCAGUAAUGACUCAUUUUACCAUUCAUAAAGGAAAAUUAAAGUUUUAUUAUCUAUAUUUGCGGUGUGUGUCUCUGAGGGGAAAUAAUUUCAGAGAAGGCAGGCCAUUUCUCAGUUAAAUGUGAAUAUAAAGCAAGGAGCAUAAGAUAUAUCAAUAUUAUAAUUCAUGCAGUCCCUUCCUUCACUUCUGUGAAAGUCUUGACACCAAGAGGUGCACUCAUUGUAUGUGAAUAGAUGCAUGGAUACAAAAACAUAAUCUUUUGUCAACUGAGAUUUGCAUUCCAUUUUUUCAUGCAUGCCAAAUGUGAAUUAGAAUGGAAGAUUUCUUCAGCACUUUAAGUGUGGACAUUUUGAAACAGAAGAUAGUGUAUGGAAUGUUUUUAUGAUUUAGAAAAACUGGGUAUGAAUGUAGGCUUAAUUGGAAACAUCAGUUUGCUGCAGUGAUGAAAAUUGGGGCACACAUGUUGUACCGCUUAAGUUUACACUAUUGGAAAGAGAGCAACUCUUCUAAAAACUUAGAAUGUAUGAAGCAAAGAACCCAAUAAAUUUGAUCUAUGCAUUGACUUCA